AGCAUCUUCCGCAGUGCCUAGUGUUUUCAACUUUUCACGCUUGCACCUCUUUCUCUCCUGUAUUACUCUCCCACAUAAAUACGGACAAGAUGGCCUCUAUCACCAAGGCUCUCAGGCCCCUUGCACGCGCUGCUACGGCCUCAUCACGACCGCUGCGACCUAAAUUCUCAAGAACGGCCCCGCAGUUACGAUGGCUCUCAGCGUCUGUUCCCCGACGUGAUAUGGACAUUUCGGAUAUCCCUCCCACGCCCAUCACCCACCUCUCGGAGACCGAAGCCCUUAUGGCAGACUCGGUAUCCAAAUUCGCCCAUGAUGCAAUUCUUCCAAAGGUCCGAGAGAUGGAUGAAGCAGAAUCAAUGGAUCCAGUUGUAGUGGAGCAGCUCUUCGAGCAGGGUCUCAUGGGCGUAGAGAUUCCGGAGGAAUAUGGUGGAUCGGGAAUGAACUUCACUUCAGCAAUCAUUGCCAUCGAAGAGUUAGCGAGGGUGGACCCCAGCGUAAGCGUGUUGGCUGAUGUGCACAAUACGUUGUGCAAUACUGCAAUUCUGAAGUAUGGUUCUGAGAAGCUCAAGAAAGAGUGGCUGCCGAGGUUAGCAACAAACACAGUUGGAUCCUUCUGCCUUUCGGAACCAGUAUCAGGGUCGGAUGCCUUUGCCCUCGCCACCAAGGCUACUCGCACAGAGAAUGGGUACAAGAUCAACGGGAGCAAGAUGUGGAUAACGAACAGCGUGGAGGCCAACUUCUUCAUCGUGUUUGCCAAUCUAGAUCCGAGCAAGAAGUACAAAGGGAUUACAGCCUUCAUUGUAGAAAAGAGCACGCCCGGCUUCUCCAUUGCCAAGAAGGAGAAGAAGCUCGGUAUCAAAGCUAGCAGCACCUGCGUGAUCAACUUCGAUGACGUGGAGAUACCUAAGGACAAUCUUCUUGGAGACGAAUUUGAGGGCUACAAGUAUGCAAUUGGCCUUCUGAACGAAGGGCGCAUUGGCAUCGCGGCACAAAUGACGGGCCUCGCCUUAGGGGCUUUCGAAAAUGCAGCUGGCUAUGUAUGGAACGAUCGCAAGCAGUUCGGUCAGCUCAUCGGUGAAUUCCAAGGUAUGCAGCACCAGCUAGCCCAAGCUUGGGUUGAAAUUCAGGCUGCGCGCGCACUAGUGUACAAUGCUGCGCGCAAAAAGGAAGCGGGCGAAGACUUCGUGAUGGAUGCCGCCAUGGCUAAAUUAUACGCCUCGCAGGUCGCCGGCAAAGUCUCGGGUCAAGCCGUUGAAUGGAUGGGAGGCAUGGGUUUUGUGCGAGAGGGACUAGCGGAAAAAUACUUCAGGGACAGUAAGAUUGGAGCAAUUUACGAGGGGACAAGCAACAUUCAACUAACAACGAUUGCGAGACACUUGCAAAAGACCUAUACGAGGUAGGUAAGAUGAGGUGUUGUUUGUUUUGGGUGUUCGUUGGAUUUCCCUCUUGGGAUGCAACUGCAUAGUGGCUCUGGAUGAUGGACGAAUUAUGUGUAUUGUAGAAAGAAAAGAAAAUGGGCAAGAGGGGUUUUUUUUUUUUG